AUGGAGUAUCAGCGCUUACAGCUCCAGGCUAAGGAGGCGCAGCGCGCACAAGAAGAAGCACUACUUGCUAAGGAGACUCUUCAUAAACAACUGGACAGGAAUCGUCGCCUGCAGGAAGCCCAGAGAAGGGUGAGAAUGGCUAAACUGGUCUCCUCAGUCCUAAACACAGAUGCGCAGGCUGUUUCACCAGAGCCCUCAUUAACUCCUGAAGGCUACCUCCAGCUACCAGUAUCCACACCGUCUGCUAGUAGCACAAGACCAUCAGUUGUUAUGGAUACUAUGUCCAUUGCACAUGCAGCUCAGCCACCUUCUGUGCCAAGACAACCCACACCUGUGCCAGACAACGCUCUGAGCCUUCUUCAAGCCACGCAGCCAACGCAGUAUGUACCUCCUAUCCACACACAGAGUACGAAUACACUCAUGAUGCAGUCGCACUCGGACAAUCAUGCAGCUCAGCUUCCUCCUGCAGUUAUGACUACACAAUCUAAUGUCGCACCCAUAAUGACCUCCGCACUGUCUCCACCAAUCUAUGGCCAGCCUUUACCGCCUGCACUACAGACACUGCCAGCCCAAGGUCAACCAGCAGUCUCCCAGCCAUUCUAUCCAUCAUUUCAGCCCCGUGAUCUUCCACCAUUUGGAUCAGAUAUGCUGAUUGCUUCCACUUACGGUAUUCCCAGGCCUACUCUGCCUUAUUUUGAGAGUGGACGUGAAAGCGACUUUGCCCUGCUGAAGAUGGCACUCGACAACCUCCUGAGUACCCACACUCACCUCAGUGAACAGUAUAAGUAUCAGGUACUACUCGGCCAGCUGAAGCACGCUAGCGCACUCCAACUUGCUAAAGCUCACAUGUACCACCCACAGCCCUACACCACGGCCUUGAAAGCUCUUCAAGACAAGUACGGCCAACCACGGCAGCUCGUUCAAUCUGAACUGGGUACAAUAUUGAGCAUGCCAGCUUUCAGACCAGGAGACUUUGCUGCAUUCGACUCCUUCGCCCUGGCGGUGCAGUCAUUGGUUGGAAUGCUAAGGUCACUUGAGGGUCAUAACAGUUACGAGCUGAUGUGUGGCUCUCACGUCGAUCGCCUGCUGAGCAAGAUGCCGCCACACCUCCGUGACAGCUUUGUGGAAUAUUGCCUGACCCGUGGUAUCCUUCAGACAGUUGUGCAACAUCUGAACUUCAAGGGUGAUUCCGAGACCCUGGCUCUCCGGACAGUGCAUCGAAAAGUUGAACACAUUGCUGGCUCAUCUAUCUCCUUUGAGAUUUCUCCCAUUGAGAACCCCUCUGAGAGGUGGUGUUGUUUGUUUUGGGGGUGUUUUUGUGUGUUGGUUUGGUUUGUUGGUGUUGGUGUGUGUUGGGUGGUGGUUGGUUGGUGUUGUUGUGUUGGUGUUGUUGUUGUUGGUGUUGUUGUGGGUUGUGGUUUUGUUGUUGGGUGUGUGGUUGUGGUUGUGGUUUUGUGUUGGUGGGUUUUUGGUUGGUGGUGUUGUGGUUGGUGUGUUUGUGGUGGUUGGGUUGGUUGGGGGGGGGGGGGGGGGUGGUUGGGGUGGGGGUGGUGGUGUGGUGGUGGUUGUGGUGGGGGGGGUGGGUGUGUGGUGGGGGGGGGUGUGGGGGGGGGGGGGGGGUUGGUUGGGGGUUGUGGUGUGGUGGUUGGUUUGGGGGAGUGGUUUGGGUUUGUGGUGGUAUUUUGGGGUGGUUGUUGGUGGGUGUGUUUUGGGGUUAUUUGUGGGUGUGGUUUGUGGGUGUGUGUGGGGUGGGUUAUUGGUGUGGGUUUGGUGGUUUUGUUGGGGGUGGGGUGUGUGUGUGUUGUGGUUGUGUGGGAGUGUAGAUGUGGUGGUGUGUGUGGUGGGUGUGGGUUGUGUGGUGUGUGUGUUGGUGUGUGUGGGGGUGUGUGUUGGUGGUGUGUGGGGAUGUGUGUGGUGUGUGAGUGGGUGUGGGGGGGUGUGGGUGUUGUGUGUGUGGGUGUGGGUGUUGUGUUGGUGUUGAGUGAGGUGUGUGUGGUGUGUGUGGUUGUGUGGUGUGGUGUGUUUUUGUUUGGUGUUUGGGUGGGUUGGGUGGGGGUGUUUUGGGGGGGGUGUGUUUGGGUGGGGGGGGUAGGGGUGUUGGGGUUUUGUUGUGGUUUGGGUUGGGGGUGGGGGUGUGGGGGGGGGGGGUGUGGUGGGUUGUGGGUGGGUUGGGGGGGGGGUGGGUGGUGGGGGGUUGGGGUUUGGGUGGGGGGUUGGGGGGGGGGGGGGGUUGGUGGUGGGGGGUGGGUGGGGGUGGUGUGUGGGGGGGUUGUGUGGGGGUGGGGGAGUGUGGGGGGGGGUUGGUUGGUUGGGGGGGGGGUUUGGGGGGUGGUGGGGGGGGUGGGUUUGUGGGGUUGGUGGGGGGUGGGGGUUUGGUGUGGGGGGGGGGGUUGGUGGGGGUGUUUGUGUGUUUUUUGUGUAUUGGGGGGUUUGGGGGGUUUGGGGGUUGGGAUGGAAAGGGGUGUGGGGGGUGGGGUGUGGGGGGGGGGUAGGGUGGGGAUGGGGGGUGAGGGGGGGGGGGUAGGGAAUGUGGGGGGUUUGGGGGUAUGGGGGUGUGAUGUUUUGUGUUGUUUGUUGUAUUUGGGAGGGUGUGUGAUGUUGGGGGUUGGGGGUGUGGGGUGGUUUGGGUUUUGUAUGUUUGGUUGUUUGGGGUGGGGGGUGGGGGGAGUUUGGGUGGGGUGGGGGAUUGGUAGGGGGGGUGGAUUUGUGGGGUGGGUGGUUGGGGGGGGUGUGUUUGGGUGGUAUGUGGUGGGGGGUUGUUUGAGUGGGUGGUGGGGGUUUUGGGUUAUGUGGGAGUGUGGGUGGUGGGGGGUGGGGGGGGUUGGUGUGGUGUUUGUAGAGGGUGGGGGUGGUUUGUGGGGUGGGUUUAGGUGGGGGUGGUUUGUGGGUGGGGGGGGGUGGGGGGUGUUUGGUGGGGUUGUUGUUUUUUGUUUGUUGGGGGUGGAGGGGUUGGUGUUGGGUGUUGGGUUUGGGUUUUGUGGUGGGGUUUUGGGUUGGUGUUGUGGGGGGUGUUUUAGUGGGGGUGUUGGGGGUUUUUUGGUUGGGUGGGGGGGUGUUUGGUGGUGGUGGGUGGGGUGUGGUUGGUGGUGGGUGUUGUUUGGAUUGGUGGGUUGGGGGGUGUGGUUGUGUGGGGGUGGUUGUUGGGGGGUUGUGUGGUUUGGGGAGUAUGGGUGGGUGGGGGGAGUUGGGAUGAAGGGGGGUUGGUUGGGUGGUGUUGUGUUUGGUUGUUGUUUUUUGUGGUGUGGGGUUGGGGUGGUGGGUGGGGGGGGGGGGUGUGGUGAGUUUGUGAUUUGGGGGUUUGGUUGGUGUGGUGGGUGGGGUUGGGAUUGGGGGGGGUUUUGUGGUGUGGGUGGGUGGGGGGUUGUGGUGUUAAUUUUGGUUGGGUUUGUGUUGUUUGGGUUGUGGUGUGGGGGUUGUUGGGGUGUUGGGGGUGGGUUGGGGAGUGUGGGGGGGGGUGUUUGUUUUUGUGUGGUGGGGUGGGGGGUGGGGGUUGGAUUUUGGGGGUGGUGGGUGGGGAAUGGUGGUGGAUUUUUUGUGGUUGGGGGUUAUUUGAGUGUAUGGGGGGGAUGUGUUGGGAUGGGGGGGAUGGGGUGGGGGAUGGGUGGUUGGUUGGGUUGUGGGUUUGGUGAUGUGGGUUUGUUGGGUGUGUGGUUUUUGGGGGGGUUUGGUGUAGGGUGUGUGGUUUUGUGGGGGGUGGGUGGGGGUUGUGGGGUGGAUGGGGGGGGGGGGGGGGGGUGGGGUUGGGGGGUGGGUGUUGGGGGGGGGGUGGGGGUUGUUGUGUGGUUGGUUGGUGUGGGUUUGUGUAUUGGAGGAGGGGAUAAAAAGGGUGGGGGGGGGGGGUAUAAAUAUGAUGGUGGGUUGGGGAUUUUGGAUUUUUGGGUGGGGGGUUGGUAUUGGGUUGGGUUGGGUAGGGUUUGGUUGUGGUUUGUGUGUUUUUGGUUUUUGGUGUUUGUGGGGUGGUGUGUGUGGGGGGUUUGGUGGGGUGGGGGGGGGUUUGGUGAUGUGGGGGGGGGUGGGUGGUGUAGGGUGGUGGGGGUUGUGUGUGGUAUGUGGGUGGUGUGUGGGGUGUGGGUUGGUGGUUGGUGGUUGGGUUUUUUUGGGGGUGGUUUUGGUGGGGGGUGGUGGGUGUUGUUGGGGGUUUGGUUUGGGGGGUGGGUGUGGGGGUGGGAUGUGUUUGGUUUAGGUGGGGGUUGUUGGGGUGGUGUUGGGGGUGGGGGGGGUUGGGUGUGUGGUUGGGUGGGUUUGGGUUGGGGUGUGUUGUUUGGAGUUGUGUUGGUUAUAGGAGUGAGUUUUUUGUUGGUUUGUGGGUUGGGUUGGGUGGGUUUGGGGGGGGGGGAGUGGGGGGGAGGUGUGGUUUAUGUGUUUUAUGGAUUGUGUUUUUGGUGUUUGGGGGGGGUUGUGGGGGGGGGGGGUUUGGGUGGGUGUUGGGUGGUUGGUUGGUGUGUGGGGGGUUGGGGUGUUGGGUGUGUUGUGGGUUGGUGGUUUUUUGUGGUUUUGGUUGUGGGUUUUGGUGGGUGGUGGGGGGGAGGGGGGGGGGUGGUUGUUGUUGUUUUGGGGGGGUUGGGGUGGUGUGGGGGGUUGGUUGAGGUGUGUGUUGUGGUGGGGGGGGGAGGGGGGGGGGGGUUGGUGAUGUGGGGGUUGGGUGGUGUGGGGGGGGGGUGGGUUGGGGGUAUGUGGUUUGUUGUGUUUUGGGUGUGGGUUUUGGGUGGUGUUGUUGUUUGUGGGGUUUGUGGGGUUGUGUUUUGGUGGGUUUUGUGGGUGGGUGAAGGGGGGGGGGUUUUGGGUUAUUGGGGUUUGGGUUGUGGGGGUUGGGGUGUUGGGUGUUGGUGGGUUUUUGGUGUUUGGGGUGUUGGGGGGGUUGGUGUGUGUUGGGGGGUUGGGGGUUUGGGGGGUUGGGGGGUUGGGGGGUUGGGGGGGUUGGGGUUGGGUGGGGUUUGUGGUGGGGGGGUUUGGUUUGUUUUGGGUGUUGGGGUUGGGGUGUUGGUGUGUUGUGUGGGUGGGGUGUGUGGGUUUGGUUGUGUGUGGGUGGUAUUGGUUGUGGUUGGUUGUGUGGUUGGUGUGGUUGUGGGGAUGGUGUUUGGUGGUGGGUUGUUGGGGUUGGUGGGGGGUUUGUUUUGGUGUUGUGUGUUGGGUGGGUGGGGGGUUGGGUUGGUGGGGGGGGGGGGGUUGUGGGGGUGGGUGUGUGUUGGGGUGGUUGGGGGGGGUGUGGUGGGUGGGGGUGGGUGUUUGGGGGGGGGUGGGGGGUGUGGGUGUGUGGGUUGGUGGUGUUGUGUGUGGGUGAUUGGUGGUGGGUUUGGUGUGGGGUUUGGUGUUGGGGGUUUGUGGUGGGGUUUGUGGUGGUUUGGUGGGGGUGGGGUUUGUGUGGGGUUUGUUGGUGGGUUGUGUGGGGUUGGUGGUGGGUUUGUGGUGGGUUUGGUGGUGGUUUGGUGGUGGGUUGGUGGGUGGGGUUGUGGUGGGUUGGAUGGGUGGGUUUUGUGGUGGGUUUUUGUGGGGGGGGUGGGGGGGUUUUGGUGGGUGGGUUUUGGUGGGGGGGGGGUGGGGGUUUGGUGGUUGUGUGGGGGGGGGGUGUGGGGUUUGGUGGUGGGGGGGGUGGGGGUGGGGGGGGGGGGGGGGGGUGGUGGGGUGUGUGUGGGGUGGGGGGGUGGGGGGUGUGGGGUGUUUUGGGUUGUUUUGGGUUUGGGUGUUUGGGGGGGGUGGUGGGUGGGGGAGGGUUAUGGUGGUUGGGAGGUGUGUGUGUGGGGUGGUGGGGGUUUGGUUGGGGGGGGGGGGGUGUGGGGGGGGUUGGGGUGUUUGUGGGGUUGUUGGUUGUGGUGGUGGGGUUGUAUUUUGGGGGGGGUUUUUGGGGUUGGUUAUUUUGUUGAUGUGUUUUGGGGGUGGGUUGUGUGGUUGGGGGGGGGGGUGGGUUUGUGUUGUUGGUUGUUGGGGUGGGUGGUGGGGGUGGGGGGGUGUGGGGGGUGGGGGUGUGUUUUGGGGGGGGUGUUGGGGUUUGGGGGGGUUUGGGGGGGGGUUGGGUGUUGGUGUGGUUUGGGGGGGGGUUGUGGUGGGUUGGUGGGGGGGGGUUGGGGGGGUGUUUGGGGGGUGGGGGGUGUUGGGGGUGGUGGGUUGGGGGGUUGGGUGGGGUGGGGGGGGGGUGGUGGGUGGUGGGGGGGGGGUUGGGGGUUGGGGGGUUGUGGGGUGGGGGUGGUUUGGGUGGGGGUGGUGUGGGGUGUGGGGGGUUGGGGGUGUUGGGGUGUGUGUGGGUUGGGUUUUGGUGUUGUGGGGUGUUGGGGGUGUGGGUGGGUUUGUUUUUGGGGUGGUGGGGGGGGGGGUUUGGUUGGUUGGUUGGGGUGGUUUUGGGUUUGGUGUGUGGUGGUGUUUUUGGGUGUUGGUGUGGUUUGGGGGGGGUGGGGGGGUUGGGGGUUGGGUUUGGUGUUUUUUGGGGUUGGGUUUGUGGGGUGUGUGGGUUGGGUGGGGGGUUGGGGGGGGGGGGUGGGGUGGUGGUGGGGUGUGGGUGGGGGGGGGGGGGGGGGGGGGGUGGGGGGUGGGGGGGGGGUGGGGGGGUUGGGGGUUUUUGGAGGGUUGUGUGUGUGUUGUUUGUGGGUGGGGUGGGUGGGUGGGUGUUGGGGGUUGGUGGUGGGUGGGGUGGGGGGGGUUGGGGGGGUGGGUGUUGGGGGGUUUUGUGUGGGUGGUUGUGGGGGUGGGGGUUGGUGGUUGUGGUUGGGGGGGUUUGUUUGUGGUUUGGGUGGGGGGUGGGGGGGGGGGUUGGGGGGGUUUGGGGGUUUUGUUGGGGGUGUGUGGGUGUGGGGGUGGUGGGUGGGGGGGGGGGGGGGGUUGUUGUUGUGGUUUGUGUUUUUGGUUUGUUUGGUGGGUGGUGUUUGGUGGGGGUUGUGUGUGGUUUUGGGUUUGGGGUGUGGUGUGGGGGUGGUGGGGGUGUGGUGGGGGGGGGGUGGGGUGGGGUGGGGGUGUGGGUUGGUGGGGUGGGGUUGGGGGGGGGGGGGGGGUGUUUUGGUGUUGGUUGUUGUGGGGGAGGUUUUUGGUGGGUUGGUGGGGGUUGGUGGGGGGGGGGUGGGGGGGGUGGGUGGUGGUUGUUGUUGGGGUUGGGGGGUGGUGUGGGGGGUUGGUUGGUUGUUUGUGGUGUGGGGGGUUGGUGUUGGGGGUGGUUUGUGUGGUGUGGUGUUUUGUGUUGGGGGGGGGGGGGGGGGGUUUGUGGGGGGGGGUGGGUGGGGUGUUGGUUGGGGUGGGGGUGGUGUGUUUGGGGGGGGGUGGGGGUGGGGGGGGGUGUGUGUGGGGUGGUGGUGGGGGGUGGGGGGUGGGGGUUGUGGGGGUGGUGUUGGGUGUGUGGUGGGGGGGGGGGGGGGGGGUGGGUUUGUGGGUGUUGGGUUUUUUUGUUGGGUGGUGGUUGGGUGGGGGGGUGGGUGGGGUGUUGGGUUUGGGGUGUGUGGGGGGUGUGGAGGUGUGGGGGUGGUUGUGUUGUGGUGGUUUGUGUGGGUGUUGGGGGGGGUGGGGGGGUUGGGUGUGGGGGGGUUGGGGGGGGUGGGGGGGGUAUGUGGUAGUUGGGUUGUUAGGUGGGGGGGUGGUUGGUGGUGGGGGGGGGGUUGUUGUUUUGUGGGGGAUGAUUGGUUUUUAGUGGGGGGGGGGGGGGGGGGGGGGGGGUUUUGGGGAGUAAUAGAUGAUGAUUAA